AAUAAUUAAGAAAAGAAUAAUCCUUUUUAUUAUAAAUUGUAAUGUUUUGAUUUCAAUCCUCACAUUUGCUUAUUUUUGCUAUUUCUUUAUUGAUUUGAUAUUUCUAAAUUUGCAGUUGGAAUUAAGCUGUUCAGAAACAAGACAGUUAAGUCCACAGACAUGGAUGUUGUGACUUAUAUCGCUGGAAAAAUUGGAGAACUCUUGGUUGAGCCAAUCGGGAGACAGAUUGGCCAUUUUAUUCACUAUAGAAGUAACACUGUGAAACUUCAGGAGCAAGUUAAAAUACUUGAAGGAGUGAGGGAUGACGUGCAGGUAUCUGUUGAUGCAGCAAAGAGGAAUGGUGAGGUGAUCAGAAAAGAGGUUCAGAAUUGGACUUCAAUGGUUGAUGGGAUUCUAUCAGAGGCUAACAAACUUCUUGGAAAGGCUUCCAAAGUAAGGUUUCAUAAUUUGGCUCAACAAACUACCCUGGUGAAACAAGUUGUUAAAAGGGCUCAACACGACAGGCUGUUUCCUACUAUUGCAAUGGUUGUGGUGUCACAAACCAUUGAUGUGAAAAAGAUUCAAGACCAGAUAGCAGAGAGUUUGGGUUUGAAAUUAUAUGAGGUUAACGAACAAAAUCGAGUAAGCCGGUUGCUGGCUAGAUUGAAGAAAGAGAACAAAGUGCUCAUUAUCUUGGAUGAUAUUUGGGCUAGACUCGAUCUUGCAACUGUGGGCAUUCCACUUGGCCAUGAUCAUGGAGGUUGCAAAAUUAUUGUCACAACACGUCGUAAACAAGUGUGUGACACUAUGGUCGACACAAGGAGUGAGACUGCAAAGGUCAUCCCUAUUAAUAUUUUAUCUGAAAAAGAAUCAUGGGUCUUGCUUAAAAAGAAUGCAGGCGCUGAGAUUGAGUCUCUGACUUUGAAUUCUUUUGCAAAAGAUAUUCUCAGAGAAUGUGGAGGCUUGCCUAUAGCUCUUGUAACAGUGGGAAGGGCAAUGAGAGGCAAAGAUCCUGAUGAAUGGCAAGAGGCAGUUAGAGAGCUAAGGAAAUCACAGCCAGAAACCAUUGAAGGGAUGGAUGAAGAUGUGUACAGAUGUCUUCAGUUCAGCUAUACUUACCUGAAAGAUAAGAAACCCAAGAAAGUUUUCAAGUUAUGUUGUUUAUUUCCUGAGGAUUUUAACAUCCCUAUAGAAGACCUGGUAAGAUAUGGGUUUGGACUGAAAAUAUUUGAAGAUAUGAGAAUGGAGGAUGCAAGACGAAGUGCUCAUUCCAUCAUAAAAAAUCUAAAAGAUUCUUGUUUAUUAUUGGGAAGUGAUGAGGAAGGCUGCGUAAAAAUGCAUGAUGUCGUGCGUGAUGUUGCCUUAUCAAUGGCAUCAGAUUAUUUUGUUAGAGAUGGUGUCAAAAAGUUGGAGGAUUGGCCAGAUAUGGAAGAGAUGAAGCGUUAUACUGGCAUCUUAAUAAUGCAAAAUCAGGUUUCUCAAUUUCCCGAUGCUUGGGAUAGUCCAAAUCUCAAGAUAUUAUUGAUGGAUAUUGAAAAAACUCGUUUAGUUCCUUUGUUUGAGAAGCCGAUAUACAUGCCAGCAACGGUCUUGACAGGGAUGAAAGCCCUUCAAGUUUUUCAUCGGAGAGAUAGUAGUAGGAAAAGUUAUAGAGCACAAUCUUUUCGGUUCUUGAAAAUAGAUUUUAGUCAAUUAAGCAAUCUUCGAACGUUGAUGCUUCAGUAUUAUAAGAUUGACACCACUCCAAUUGGGGAGCUGAAGAUGCUUGAAAUUCUCAGCUUGAAGAAUUGUGAGUUCCGAAAGCCAUUCAAUUAAUACAAUAGGGAAGUUGACUAAUCUAAGGUUACUGGAUGUGGAAUUUUCUUCUCUUGAUGGUGUCUCUUCUUCCAUAUUUCCAAUCGAUGCUAUGUCUACUCUGUCCCGAUUAGAAGAAUUGUACUUCCUUUCUUUUGAUAUGUUAGGACGCACAAAGUACCCAUUUUUCCUUCUUAAUUAAGCCGCACAAAGUACCCAUUUUUCCUUUCUCCAUUCCUUCAUAAUUUUCUAUCCUUCGAUGACUUGAACAUAACAGUUUUGAAAACCCUUUCUCGCUUGACCACCCUUACAAUUCACAUUCAAACCAUUCCCGAAGGCUUUAUGUUCCCAGAGUUGAAGGUUUUCAAAAUUCAUUGGGGAAGCCGGAUACGCAUUAGAGUAAAAGAAGAGCUGAUUAAUGCAUUUUUAUCUCAAGUUGAAGGAUUUAAUUAUUUGGGUCUUUGUGGUGAAUGCGGGGGCGGGAGUAAUAUCACAAUUUCAUCACUAGUUUGUAUGAAGCCAUUAAUGCCAAGAACAAAUUUUCUGUAUUUAGAUUCACUUGAGGAGUUAAAGAAUAUCAAUCCUUGCUUAUUAUUAGGUGGUUUAGAUGCUUUGAAGAUACUAGACUGAGAAGAUGAAGUACCUCCACUGGCUCUGCUUGUGCCAGGCCCAACUUGUGCUGUAGGCACACCCAGGGAUGGUGUCACACCAUGCCUUAGAUUCUGAGGCGCCACUGAUCCUUGCUGAGAAUCACUGUCUCUGGCUAUCAGCAAUGGACAAUCUCUCUUAAAAUGGCCCCAAGAACCACAUUCAAAACAACCCCUAUCGAAUUUUCUGCACUCCCCAGCAUGAUAUUUACCACAGGUGGCACAUUGAGGAAAAUGUCUCUUCCUUUGUUCAAACCCAGAAUUAUAUCCUUGCCCACUUUUCUGUGCCCCAAAGGAACUACCCACUGGUUGUGCUACUCAGCUCUGACUAGGCUGUGGUCGAGUAUGUUCUUGAUUCAACACCAUGAGAAGCAGAAUCUUCAUGCCCUUCUCCGCUCUCAAGUAAAACAUGAUCUGCCACCCCUUCUAGAGGUGGAGGUGUAACUGUAGGAUCCCUAUGAGGUCGACCAAUAUCAACUAAUCUAGCUGUACGAACACUACGGCCCCGACUUCUAUUACUAUACUGACUCGAAGAAAGUCUACAGAAUCUAUAACCUAAGCUCUGAUACCAAAAAUUGUCACACCCAACCCAAAACUAUAGAGAUGGAUAUGACCAGGAAAACUGACAGAACUUCCCCUGAUAUUUAUACAUAUAAAAACAUGUAACCUGCUAUAAUUUCAAAAUAUAAAACAUAUAAGAGAAAACUGAUAGUUGGACCUGUCAAUUCAUAAAAUAUUUACAAUAACCCAAAACCUUCUUCAUUGGGGCUGUACAAUCUAUACAUGAUCUAACAAAAUUACAAAAAAAGAAAUAACAAAAGACUUAAGAUUGGUCCGACCUCCUCUAAACUCUGAGUGGACGAUGUGGAAAGGAGGAUAAACUAGGAAAUGAGGACUGCUGAGCGGAUCACCAAAAAGAAACUGUAAUAUUAAAAUAAAUAUAAGGGUGAGUACAACUACUCAGUGAGCGGAUAAAUAAAUAACAAAGGGGAAAAGAUAAGUUUAGGUACUUAAUAGUACCAAAUAUUUAGCUAAAAUAAGUCAGCUGAAUAAAUACAAUUUAAUUUCAUCAACAUAAAAUAAACUGUGAAAAAUAGAAUCCGCAUACACU